AUGGAUGACACCGUGAUGGCGGCGCGAACGCCAUUUUGGUGGCGCGAGAAGACGAGCCCUCGGGUUGUGUUCCCGCGAAGUGCCUACCCGCGAAGCCGCUCAUCAGAGCCCGAUUAUGGCGGUACCGAGGGAAUGAAUUUCAUCGCCAAACAUUUCUUCGAAUAUCAAAGUUUUAUGAAUUUACCACAUAAGGCGGUGCAUUUGCAUAAAGUGCCGGCUUCACAAGCAGGCACCGAUCCAUCGAUGGGAUGGGCGCCGAAGAAUAUGCUCAAGGCUGGGAAGCAUCAACCGGCGCCAGCGGCGAGAGCGAAUCGAGUGCACAGGAGAUGGCCGAGAUUCAGAAAAAUAAGCUACGAGCGAAUUCUGAAAGUGUCCACGUGCAUUGUGAUUUUCACGCUAGUUGUCUCGAAUUUGUUCCCGAAACGCAAUUUUCCUCUGAAACCCGCUGUGACUAAUCCAAAUUGUUUGAGACUUAUUGAGAAUCUUCAAUUCGACAUUGGAAUUUCGGCGAUUUUAAUUGAUGAAAAAAUUUUAAAAAAUUUGAACGAUGAAAUUUGUUUAGGAAGAAGCAAUCAGCCAGUGAAUGUAGAUUAUGAAAAAGAUUAUCUCGAAUUUCAUGUCGGCAAUGAGACGAAAAUUAUACCAAAAAGAGUGAAAUUCAAUAAAUAUGGAAAUUUGAACGUGCCCAACAAUAUUCCACAAUUUUUAGAAUUUCUUCGACGUUCGAAACUUUUAAAAUGUCGAAAUAUCACAAUGAAUCGAAAAGAAAAAGGGAAAAGCAUCGAUGAGAGUAAACGAUGGAUUCGGAAUUUGGCGAAAGUUCGUGACACUCUUCUCGAAUACGACAUCAUCCCAUUUUUGUCGUCUGGCAGUCUAUUAGGUUGGUAUCGAGAAUGCGGGCUCAUUCCUCAUACAACCGACAUGGAUCUCGCGAUAUUUCGCGACGACUACAAUCCCGAAUUUUUGCAAGAUCUCCUCGAUUUCAAGCUGGAUAUUUGGGCGACUCGAUUGAUUGGAAAACUUAACGAUUCCAUGGAAUUCACGGUUCGCGGGCCAUACUUGAACGUUGGCAUCGAUAUAUUCAUAAUGUACAAACCAAAUCAACGAUCAAGGAAUAUGACAUUUGUCACCGGUGUUAGCAGUGAGUUAUAG